GGGUCAAGGAGCUUCAGGCGCCUUUUAAGUAGCGGAGGAGCGGACCAAAAUCGCGGAGGGUAGAAGCCAGUGGCAGUCACAUUCCACAGUUGGUCGAGUUCGCCGACAGAUGCCGUCCACCGCUGUCAGUCCUGCGUGGUUGUUCUCCGGCGAGUAUUGAAGAAGCUGCGAAUUUAGUCUCCUCUCAAAAUCCGUUAGCUAUAUGUUAAGAACCAGGAAAAUCAGGACCUGCUUAUAAUGUUUCUCCAACGAAUUGUAGGUGCAUUCCCUCCCUUGAAGAGGAUGAUUUGCACUUACCGUGGCCAUGACCUUGCAAGCUCUAUUCAGGAACUCAACAAUGAAAUGGAGUCAAUAUUUGGCCAGCCUCCUUCUAGUAGAUUUGAUAGCACUGUGAGUGAUGGUCCUGCAAAUACCCCAAAAACAUGUGAAAGUCCUUCUAGUUUGACUCAUACCAGCAAUACUGGGGAGGCACAAAUGGUGGAUGUGUCCCCAAAGGAAAAUACUAAAAGAACUGCCAUUGCGAGUUGCGAGGUAAUCCUGGGAAAGCAUGUGUUCGACUUGGUUUUAGCGAAUCAAAUGGCCAAAGGAGAUGUGCUUAGUGUGGCGAAAAUUGCAGGCAUAAGUGGUGCAAAGCAAACCAGUAGUCUCAUUCCAUUGUGCCAUAACAUAAGCCUUAGUCACGUACGAGUGGAUUUGAAAUUGAAUCAUAAAGACCACAGUGUAAUGAUAGAAGGGGAAGCCGCAUCAACAGGGAAAACUGGUGUUGAGAUGGAAGCCAUGACCGCAGUUACUGUUGCUGGCUUAACAGUGUAUGAUAUGUGUAAGGCUGCUUCAAAAGAUAUAGUUAUUACAGAUGUGAGACUCAAGCAUAAGGCUGGUGGCAAGAGUGGAGAUUGGUCCUCAGGACGAUAAUGUUUCAAAAUAUGUGCCAUUUUGAAUGGCACAACGACAAAGAAGCACUUGAAUUGUAUUAUGACAAAAGGAAAAGCUGAGAGAAUUAAUUGAAAAUUGUUAGAUUAACGCAGUCAAAUGUUUUGCCUCAGUCCUUCUAGUUUUGACAUUAGGCUUAGAUUUUUAUUAUUGGUAACAGUAUGUUUUCAAUCUAUGGGAAAAGUAAUCGAAAACCCUGUUUUGUCCCGUGGAUGCCGAGUAGAAAAUAUUAAGCA